AAGAAGAAGAAGAACAAGAAGCAGAAGUUGAGGGAGCUAAUGGAGAUGCAGGGCACUGUCACAAGUUGUGUCGAUGAUGUGGAGAAAAGUGGUGAGGUGAAAAUCAAUGGGCUGCUCCCAGUGCCACCGAUGACACAGACGGUCCGGGAAGUGGAGAUGCAGAGCACAGUGGCAACACAAUGCGGUGAUGUGGAGAAAAAUGGCGAGGCGAAAAUCAACGGGCCGGUAAAAAAGAAGAAGAAGAAGCAGCAGCAGAAGCUGAGGAAUCUGCUCCUAAAGCCAGUGCAAGUGGUAGCAGUGGUGAAGGGAUCGAACGAGACAGUGACAGUUUGUGUUGGUGUGGAAAACAAUGUCAAAAGGAAAAUCGACGAGGCAGGUGUAGUAGCGAAGCUGCUUGCUAUGCAUGGGCUAACAAUGGUGGUUGGAGAAGUGGAGAAUAAGAAGCGGAAGAGGAAAGAGAAUAAGAUGGAGAACACAGACAUUACUUGUGUUGAUGUUGGAAAAAAUGAUGAGGUGGUCACAAUGCCAGGGCUACCACAGACGAUCGAAGAAGUGGAGACUAAGAAGAGGAGAAGGAAAGAGGAUAAGGAGGUGGGGAGCACAAAUUCUUGUGUUGAUGCUGGAAAAAAUGUUGAGCUGCUCCUGAAUCCUGUGCCAAAUGUGAAAGGAAAACCCAAGGUAUUGACCGCGAGUCAGGAGCUAAGAAUCAGGAUGAAGAAGAGGAGGAAAGCUGCGAGGAGGAGGGAGAAGUGGAGGAUGAAGUGCAGAAUCACAAUGUGUGUUGAUGAUGCGGGAAAAUUUGUUGAGGCGAAGACAAGUGAAGAACACAAAGAAGAUAACAAGAUCACAAAUGCAAUGCUAAUUCUGAAACAUAUGGAAUGGAGGAAGAAACAAUUAGUUUUGGGCUUGCAACGAAAAGCUGUGGCCGAGAAGCGGAAAGAGAAGAAGAGCACAGAAGAAACGGUCGAAGAAAAAAAUAAGGAGAGCACAAAUGAAAAGGCUGAGGAGCAAAUAAUCGAAUAUCUUCAAGUAUGUGUCAUAUGUCGAGGAAAAGGGCAUAUCAUCUCGACUUGCCCUCUGCUGAAUCAGACCCAAACAAAUAACAAGAAAUCUGGAAACAAGCUUCCUGAGUGUUGUCAGCCUCUUCAACAUGCGGAACUGAAGAAUGGCGAAGCGGAGAAGUUGCUUGACUGUCCUCCUGAGGAUACUUUGGUGCAAGAUAAGUCAUCUGAUUGUAAAGAAGGCAAGUCCGCUGUGAAGAAUGGCGAAGCGGCAAAGUUGCUUGGCUGUCCUCCUAUGGAUACCUUGAUGAAAGAAGAAACAUCUGGUGUUAAAGAAGACGAGUCCACUGUGAAGAAUGUUGAAGAAAGCAGUUGUACUCCUGAGGAUAUUUUCAUGAAAGAUGAGAGUAUUGUUAAGGUUGAUUGUGCUUCUCACCCAGAAGAGUGUUAUGUUAAACCAACGAUUGAACAGGAGGGCCCUGAGGCAGUGAAUCAUGUUGCAUGAUGAUUUUUGCAGGAUGAAUUUCUUGGCAUUCCAUUUUUGUUUAUGAUUGCAACAGGCCAAAGCAUCUUUACUUUUAAUACUUACCCCAAAUCAACUCUCACCAGGAAUUUUGUCACAGUAGUUGAUAGUUUAUACAUGAACAAGGGCCAUGAGUGUGGUUCUCAAAUUGAAGACCAUUCUAAUGUCAAUUAUAGACUCUUGUGUUUCU